CCGUGUGUUUAUAUCUGACACCUGACGGCGUGUUGCUUUCUCCGUGCCCCUGAUCACGACCACUUCGACUGCAGACCAGCGACUCUCCCGCUUUAUGGAAACCGAGGCUGUGCGUUCUGUUGUGGUCAUGCUGCCUCCCAAGAACUGCCUCCCGAGGAACUACAGCUGCAUAGCUGGGUUGUUCGGGAGCUUGACAGCAGACCCGAGACUAGAAGACGAAGAGGGGAUGGAGCUGAACGGAACAAGCGAGACCAUCGAGAUGCACCAUGUGGUGGAUGAGAGACCAAGAGGCCGGGAAUCCUUCCUCAAACCCCCGCAGAGUCCGAACCUACGCCGGAGGUGCAAGUCUCUGCCGACCCCCAUAGAGAGAGCGAAGCUUGAGAUCUCCCGCAGCCGGAGUCCCUGCAGCCAGAAAAAGGUCCGUUUCGCCGACUCUCUGGGUCUGGAGCUCACCUCUGUGAAGCACUUCAAUGACACAGACAUGCCCGAUGUGCCGGAGCGCAUAAUGGCCAGAUUCGACAGGGGUCCCCUCCAUCUGAACCCCUUUGACAAGUUCCCCAGGGCACCGACCAACCAGUCAAGUUUUAUGGAGCUGCAAUUCAAGAACCCCGGGACCCUGCCAGGCUUUACUGAGAAAGUGAAAGAAGUGAAAGUGUUGUUGGAGUGUGCUGAAGCCGACGAGUUCAGUCUGUCGGGCUUCGUGCGGGUUUUGAACAUGGCUUUCGAGAAAAGUGUAUAUUUGAGGUUCUCAAUCAACAACUGGAUAACCUUCAUGGACAGUCUGACAUCAUAUGUCCCAGAAUCAAGCGACGGUGUGACAGACAAAUUCUCCUUUAAGAUAAUCACCCCAACAACGUUUCUGGAGAGCGGAGGCACAUUCCAGUUUGCCAUUAGAUACUGUGUUGGUGGAGAUGAGUAUUGGGACAAUAAUAACGGGGUCAACUACAAAGUGCGACGCCACAGGUUUAAGAUUUCCCCACCCCGUGAGUGGGAGGACGGCUGGAUUCACUUCAUCUAACCUGCAUGCGUCCUUGGCGUUCUCACCAGCGCACUGUGUGUGUAAAGCACGCAAUCUCACAACGGGCACGGCUUUACCAUAAUAAAGAAUAGGGCUACCAUAGGCUAUACCCUCUACACAUUGUGUUAAUGGUCCAACUGCCGUGUCCAGCUGUAAACUCAGUAAUCUUUUACAUAGUUUUUUUCACGACCGUCACAUUGAUUUUGUUUCAUGUCAUUAUGUUUGACAGAUUUGACAGAAUUGAAAGACAAGCCAUUCAUUAGGUGUCCGCCGUGAGAGGUAAAUCUGCUGUAUGAUAAUUAGCCUUGGUGUUGUGCCCUUAGGUGUGGCACGAAUAUACUCUUAUGUAAUGCAGGGACAUGUGCCAUUGAAAACGUGCCAGGAAUAUACCCCAUUUAAGCGUCACUGUCCCUCUCUAAAACGCAGCGAUACUCUCUUCAAUCCCCACUUUUGACUAUUUCAUUAAACAUCUUGUGCGAUGUCUUAACUGUCAACGACUGCUUAUACAAAACUGAAGAAAAUGGUUAUGAAAAACACUAAGACAGUCUUCUCUCUGUUUAUUUCCGAUAGCAUGGGACUGUGCUCACGUGCAUCCCCCUGUGUACCUGUCAUGCCGGAUUUCAAUCCGAUUCUCUCCUCUGAAAACUCCAGCGGGUGGGGCAGGCCAAAGCUCAGUCACAACAAUAUUCGCACUGGAUCAACAAAGGAAAUAUCAAAUUGUCAUUUGUUUUACCAAUUCCUCAUCUUUUCAUCUUCUUGGAUCUGCCUUAUAACUAAAGGGGAACGCUGCUGUGCUUUUAUCUUGAUCAAUAUUGGGUGUAUUCAGUUUUAUAACUAUUUGAACAUGAAUAUUUCAAUGUUGGGGAAAUGUUUAAACCCUCUCUAUAGCACUGCUCCACGAGAUGAUGAUAGAAAAAGGAAAUCAUCCCACGAGCCUUGUUCGCUGGUUAUAAAUGCACCAGAAUAUUUUCUCCAGAGGAUGGUAACCAAUAGCAGGAGAGUAGACUGUGUCAGAGUGGAGCCCUACAGUCUAGCAGUAUGCUAGCCUAUUAGGAUGCUCUGGUAUGACCCCAAACAUGUUACAUAAUAAUAUGUGGAUCUUUACCACUCUCAAAUGCCAAAUAAUGCAUAUGCUAUAUGCAUUAUUUUAAACUAGAGGACAUGUAUAUUUGACAACAACAAAAAACUAUUGUACAGAACAUUUUGUACAGGAUCUUAUGCUAGAUCUUUCUCUGCAGUGCAGCCUGCAUGUAUCUGACAGGUGAUAUUUUACAAUAUUCCUGUUGUGACACUCUUGAUCUCAACCAGUCACAAUAAUUCACCAGGUGUCUUGUAAACAAUAGUUGAGGAUAGCUCUAACCCUAAGGUCCACUGCAGAGUCAGUCACCACUGCCUCACCCAUACAGUAUCUCUACCUUCUUCAAGGUUGAGCUUUAAUGACAAAAUCCACAGGCAUAUCACUCCAUUUUAUAACUGUUAUUACACAAUGAUAAAUUACAGAGACAGAUACUGUUGGACUUUUGUUUCUGUUCCUUGUUGGACCUGAAAUGCAACUGUUCCUGUGGAAAAUUAUACAUUUACCUCAGAUCGUUUCUAGAGUGCGGACCUGACGAUCUUCCAAAAAUUCCAGGUUUCUCUCCUUUUAUUCAGGUUGAACAAAACAAAACAUUAUUUUUUUAUGAAGUACAGUAGAACCAAAAUAGUCAAACUCACGCCAUUUUUAAAACACAUCCAGUCCAGUAAAACAGUAGCAUUUCAUUGUCAGUAUUUUGUAAAUAACUUCCACUGUGCAAUGUUGUAUUUUACAGUAGGACUAUGGUGAUGACAGCAUCUAAACUACUUUUACUGAUUUCAAAGUUGUAGUGUUAGACUUGGCUGAUGAUAUAGAAAAGAGCCGUGUUUGUUUGGUAGGACUACAUAUUCUACAGUUGAUGCUAUUGCACUGGUGCUUCAUGCUGAAAUCAUUUGUUGACACAUUGGCAUCACAUAAUGCAUGUGUCAAACUCCUUCCACUGAGGGCCGAGUGUCGGCGGGUUUUUGCUCCACCCUUGUACUUGAUUGAUGAAUUUAGGUCAACAAUUAGUAAGGAACUCCUCUCACCUGGUUGUAUUUGACACCCCUGACAUGAGGUGAGUGACCUCAUUAUGGAUGGAUGUCAAACUAAACUUAGGUUAUGUAACGCAACAGCCCACAUUACACAAACGGUUUGUCUACAUGUGUACUGGAUGUACAGCAUGUUUACAUUCGAGUUUGUAUUUAUUUGGGUUGUUAUAAUUUGUGGGAGUUUUCUAUGACGUGAAUGCUUGGAAUGUAUCGAUAUUUUGUUUUGAGUAGGACGCCUCUGAGAGAUCAGCAACUUGGAAUGUAUCUGUUUAGAAAAUGGAAUGCAUCUCUGAGACUAACAAAUGUAGUUAUAUAAUAUAGUUAGUUACUGUUGACUGGCUAUGGUGGUCAGUUAGAAAAGCCUGUGUUUACAUGAUCCAGGACUUGGAGGGAGCUUGGUCAGAUAAUUCAACCCUUGAGAUUUAAAAUGGAAAAUAGACUACUCAUGUGACCACUGAGCAUGUCCAAAUGACUCAAACAAUUUAGCAGAGCUGUUUGGCUUAUAGCAGAGUUGUUUGGUUUCCAGAGCGGUUGGCUCUUUCUAAUAUCUCCAUGGGAAAUCUGUAGAGCCUGGUUGGACCAAAAUAACCGCACUCAUGGUCUCACGUCCACCAUGACAUCAACCGACCUCUAGGGCUGCACGAUAUGGGCAAACAAAUGUAAUAGCGAUUUUUAUUUUUAACAAAUAUGGUUAUUGCGAUUUGACGUGCGAUAAAUAUCAAAAUAUUUGUGUGAACUGUUGGAAUUAUAGAAAUAGUCUGAAUUAUAGCUAAGUGGAAAGCAGCAUCGUUCUUGUUUGGAACAAUUUGUUGACUGCAUUGACCUGACGGAACAACAUGCACAUGUAUAGUUAAUCAUCUAACAGCGAAGGGGAGGAACUGCGCUGCUUGAGUGACAGGGGGCGAGGCUUAGUGUGUGUGUGAAGCAGCCGCAAGAGGAGAAAAAAACGGAGUUAACUCUAAGACCUAAAGUUACUCAAGGCUGAGAUGCGUUUAAAAAAUAUUGCUUAUGAUAUGGAUAUUUUACGAUAUGGAUAUUGCACAUGUCAAUAUGUGAUUUUGAUGUGAAUUCGAUUCAUUGUGCAGCCCACUCUUGAGUUGAGACAUGACCAUUGGUUGACACUGGUUGGCCUCACUGUGUUCAGAAGCAUGCUAGUCUGUGCAGUCAGUGAGUUCCACACACGGCAGCUGUAUCUCCACAAAGACUACUGUGGUCAACAAGAUGUCACGCCUUGUCAGAGAUUGUUUUAUGUUCUUAAGUCUGAUUAAAUAUAAUGGGUAUUUUUCCUCAUGUAGCUUUUUGCUUAUGAUUUCUGUUAACUGUAAAUAUUAUCUCAAUUAGUGUACAUGUAGUACAGUAUGAUUUCACUCAUGAAUUGUUUCAAUCAAAACAUUUCACUUUGUAAAUAUGUGAUGGAGGUAAAGAUGUUUUAUAGGGGAAGGAUGAAAGGCUUCCAGAAACAGACAGUAUAGGGUUUGUUAACACAAUGUGAGCUAUAUGAAUCACUCUAAUAUAUUGUAUCACUCUGCGCCGGAGGGAUACAUCCGAGGUGAGGAUUUACAGAUUUACUCCCGUGUACACCUGUGUCACAGCUGGGGUCCGCCCCUAUAUAUAGACCCCAUGGCCGCGACACCUUCUCUACAUCAUUUUUGAGGCGCCUCUAGCACCGUAGAGGAUUGGAAUGAUCCAUAUAGCUCACAUAACCGUGGUUACAUACGUAACCUUCGUUAUGUUUCACUAUAUUGGAUCACUCCAAUAUAUUGCUAUACAUAUACCAGAUUAGUCAGUGCUAGAGGGACAUGGCCAGCCAGCGGCGAAGUCCCAGUGCGGGACCGAGACGCAGGGGCCGUAAAUGUGGAACGGGGUCCCGGCCCUGUCCCAGGAAGGGGAGGCGACGCCCAGGACUGCUGAACCAACCGCAGAGGGAGGUGCCACAUUUACCCGAUAGUACCUAGCAAAUGUGCAAGAAGAAGCCCAGCUGGCCGUAACACAGAUCUCAGCGAGGGGCUCUCAGUAGAGCCCAGGACGCAGCCACACCUCGUGUUGAAUGUGCUACCACAGAUCCCAGCACUGGCAUGCCAGCCAGGCUGGAUGCUGUCGUAAUCGUGUCCACGAUCCAGUGAGAGAGCCUCUGCUUUGAUUGCCCAGCCCCCGGGACUCUCUCACCAUAGCAGACAAAGAGCUGGUCUGUUGUUCUCACUGACCAUGUUCACUCCACAUAGGCAACCAGUGCACAGCAUGCCAGAGGGAGGCCCAGACUCCCCCACCACUGCUGGGGGGCCGUAAGCAGACAGGAUAAAAAGGGUGUUCACAUGGCUGUCUGACAGAACCUUCAGGGGGAAUGAAGGGUUGGGGCAGAGAGAUAUACUCCUCCCCCCGGGGUCCAUCCGGUAGCACUUAGAACUUACCGAAAGAGCAUGGAGCUCACACCUCUUCAAGAAAGCCACAUUCAUAAAGAGGUGUUUCAGAGAGGCAGACUCCAACGGUUCGAAAGGCGGCUUUGCCAAAGCUGCCAAGACUACAUCCAGAUCCCAGCUCGCCAUUGAGCGGGUCCUAGCUGGACGCAGGCGACGAACACCCUUCAUAAACCUGGAGACCAAGGUAUUGCGCCCCACUGGCCUGUCCAUCCACCCCACAUGGCAGGCAGAUAUAGUGGCUACAUACCCACUCAGUGUAGAGGCUGCCAAGCCCUCAUCCAAUCGAGUGCAGGUAUUGGAGGACAUACUGCACCCCGCAUGACUCGGGCACAACCUUAAUACCAGUGCGCCAAGAGCAGAACAUCCGCCAGUGCAACUGGUAUGCCGCGGUUGUAGCCGGCGCCCUUGCACUCUGCAUGGUGUUCAUUACACCCUCCUGUAGUCCUAACAUGGACCAUUGGUGCCGUUUAGUGGCCAAGCCCACAGACUGAGGUGGUGCGGUCUCGGAUGCCACAGAGUUCCCCCGACCUGAGACAGCAAGUCCAGUCUCAGGGGAAGUUGCCAAGAUGUCCCAGACAACAGAGACAGGAGAAGGCUGAACCAGGGUCAUCUGGGCCAGUAUGGGGCCACCAGAAGCAGACGAUGCUCUGCCAACCUGGUCCUGUCCAGCGCAGCCUGGAUUAGGGGAAAAGGGGGGAAUGCGUAAAGCUCCAGCCCUGGCCAAUCGUGAGCCAGAGCAUCCAAGCCCAGAGGCCCUGGUGGCUCCGACAUUUAGUACCACAGGGGGCAGUGUGCAUUGUCCAGGGAGGCAAACAGGUCCACCUGCGCCCUCCCGAACAUGUCCCACGGGUGCUGCACCACCUGGGGAUGUAGGCUCCAGUCCCAAGAUGACGGGCCCUCCCUCGAGAGCAUAUCCACUGACACACUCAGGAUGUUAGGUACAUGCGCUGCGCGUAGAGAUGCUAGACAGCCCAGAGCUCCCAUGCUAUAAGAUUGAACCAGUGGGACCUCAGUCCACCCUGAUGGUUGAUGUAAGCCACCAAUGUGGUGUUGUCCGUUCUCACCAAGACAUGUCUUCCUUUCAGAUGUGGAAGGAAAGACCGCAGGGCCAUGGAGUCGUAGUGUAAAGCUAACAAAACACAAGCACAACAAACCGCGGGCGGAAGAUACAGAUCAACCGUGUGCAGCAAGUGAUGCACUCAAGAGGAGGGGCUGGCCAUGUGGCCAGCUGCUCCAGGCUGCAAAAUAGCCAGUGAGUAUACCUCCACGCAAGAUAUUACACUUACCAGUGAAUUACCAAGCGAAGUUCAGAAAGUUUGUACCUCAAACCAUACAGAUGUCCGCCAAGAAAAUGAAAGAGAACUUGUCACGGCCAUGGGGCCUAUAUAUAGGGGUGGACCCCAGCCGUGACUCAGGUGUACACAGGAGUAAAUCUGUAAAUCCUCACCUCGGAUGUAUCCCUCCGCCGUGGAGUGAUACCAGUAAAUUGGAGGGAUCCAAUAUAGGGAAAUAUAACCACAUUUUAUGAUCACUCGCUGAUGUUUAUCUGUUUUUUAUGUGUCGCAUAUUGAAUGUCUUUCUGCUAUCAUAUUAUGUCGUAUAAUAGCAUUUCAAAAACAGGAUUGCAAGCGGUGGAUGGAUACCCAACUCAGAACUACAAAGUAAACUAAAAACAAUCUGAACAAAAUAGAAUUUCAGGAAAUUUCCUUUAAAACUGCGGUACGCCACUGAACCUUAUGCCAAAAUGCGGGCGGGGUCCCAGGAAUGAUAGGGUUAUUGUAUAAGGUGUAACUAAAGAUGGUUCCAUUGCCUUAUGCUUAGAGUUCAUACUGAAAUUAGCACAUAAGAGGUCUAAGCUGUGAAGGGAUGUUAUGGUAGGUUGAUCAACAUGUGCUAACAGUCUCGAGCAGUCAAAUCAUACUGGACAGUAUGUACUGGGACUAAGCUGAGGGAAUCUUUAGCCUAAAGAGUUGCAUGCAUGCCACUAAAGACAACAUACACUUUGGAGUAUCUGAAACAUCUGAAAGGGGUGACUAAUGAUUGUAAUAUUGAGCUACUCAAAGUGCAUAGUGCACUUUGAGUAGGUAAGCUAGGAAAAGAGGCAUGGUUUGGUUUGGUAUGCCUCUUCUGACUUUACAUGUAUUCCUGUGAAUUGCUACUAACUAAGAGGUUCUCCAUCCCCAGUCAUGUUUGAUACACAGCUUUCUCUCUCACUGUGAAAUGUUAUACUUCUGAAAUAGUUUAAUUCAAGUUCAUUUUACUCAUAUGUGGAGUGGAGGAAGUGAAUUGGUUUGACCUAUAUAGUUAUCAGUAUUCUUCUUUUGAACCUAUGCAAACCUUAGUACUGCAAUCCAUCAUCUGUCUGUGUUGAUGUGUCUUGGUGUCUGACGUAUUGUUUGGAGCUAAUGUUUAUCACUGUAUUCUGGCUGUUUGCAUGCACGGCGGAAGUACCCCUGUUAUUUUUAUGGUGAGUUUGUAAUCUAUCCUAUAUUUUAUUGAAACAACGGCAAUAAAGGCCUUUGUGAUGGAAAAUUGAAA